CCAAAGCCCGGAGCAGUCGUCGGCCACACCUUCCAAGUCGCCCCGACUCAGACGUCCCAGCUUAGUGCACCCGACUGGGUCACAGGCAGAGGCCACCAUGGAACAGUGUGCGUGCGUGGAGAGGGAGCUCGACAAAGUCCUGCACAAGUUCCUGACCUACGGGCAACACUGCGAGCAGAGCCUGGAGGAGCUGCUGCACUACGUGGGUCAGCUGAGGACGGAGCUGGCCAGUGCCGCUCUCCAGGGGACCCCUCUCUCAGCCACCCUCUCCCUUGUAAUGUCCCAGUGCUGUCGGAAGAUCAAAGACACAGUCCAGAAACUAGCCUCAGACCACAAGGACAUUCACAGCAGCGUCUCCCGAGUGGGCAAAGCCAUCGACAGGAACUUUGACUCUGAGAUCUGCGGCGUAGUCUCGGAUGCCGUGUGGGACUCCCGUGAGAAGCAGCAGCAGAUCCUGCAGAUGGCCAUUGUGGAGCACCUGUACCAGCAGGGCAUGCUCAGCGUAGCUGAGGAGCUGUGCCAGGAAUCAACAUUGAAUGUGGACCUGGACUUCAAGCAGCCCUUCUUGGAGUUGAAUCGGAUCUUGGAAGCUCUACAUGAGCACGACCUGGGACCUGCACUGGAGUGGGCUGUGUCCCAUCGGCAGCGCCUGCUGGAGCUCAACAGCUCGCUGGAGUUCAAGCUGCACCGGCUGCACUUUAUCCGCCUUCUAGCUGGCGGCCCCGAGAAGCAGCUGGAGGCCCUCAGCUAUGCCCGACACUUCCAGCCCUUUGCUCGGCUGCACCAGAGAGAGAUCCAGGUGAUGAUGGGCAGCCUGGUGUACCUGCGGCUGGGCUUGGAGAAGUCACCCUACUGCCAUCUCCUGGACAACAGCCACUGGGCGGAGAUCUGUGAGACCUUUACUCGGGAUGCAUGUUCCCUGCUGGGGCUUUCAGUGGAGUCCCCACUUAGUGUCAGCUUUGCUUCUGGCUGUGUGGCGCUGCCAGUGCUGAUGAACAUCAAAGCUGUCAUCGAACAGAGACAGUGCACUGGCGUGUGGAGUCACAAGGAUGAGCUGCCGAUUGAGAUCGAGUUGGGCAUGAAGUGCUGGUAUCACUCCGUGUUUGCAUGUCCCAUCCUGCGACAGCAGACCUCAGAUUCCAACCCUCCCAUCAAGCUCAUCUGUGGCCAUGUCAUCUCCCGAGACGCACUCAACAAGCUCAUCAAUGGAGGAAAGCUCAAGUGUCCCUACUGUCCUAUGGAGCAGAAUCCAGCAGAUGGGAAACGGAUCAUAUUCUGACUGCAAGGAACCUUUUGCUGGAAGGUGUUAAUCCACCCAUGGGCCUCGGUCUGCCGUGGUGGAGGACUGGCUUCAGUGGAUUGUGAUGCCUCUCAGACCAGCCUUCCCAAGAGGCCUGGCCUGCCCAGGCAGAGGCCAAGGAAGGCCGUGAACCAGUCUACACUUCCUUGGCUGCAAGGGACUGGUGCUGUGCUCCUGCUGUCUUCCUGUUUACACUUGCCCGACUGAGCAGCAAAGGCUUGGGCUAUCAAAAGCAGACAUCUUUCUCUUCCUGCCCUCAAACCAGGGGGGUCCAGCUGUGGUCCACCUCCUUCUACUGUACAGCCAACUGUAUGUAUCUAUUCUCCACUGUAAAUAGCCCGUUAGAACUGGAUGCUGUUUUGUAACUUUGAACAAAUAUAUUCACAGCCCUUCUCCUUA